GCGGCCGGGGCAUGGCGGUGUACGCGGCGGCGGCGGCCGUGCUGGCGGGCGUGGAGAGCCGCCAGGGCUCCAUCAAGGGGCUGGUGUACGCCAGCCGCUUCCAGAACGUGAAGCAGCUGUACGCGCUGGUGUGCGAGACGCAGCGCUACGCCGCCGUGCUGGACGCCGUCAUCGCCGGCGCCGGCCUCCUCCGCGCCGAGAAGAAGCUGCGGCCGCACCUGGCCAAGGUGCUGGUGUAUGAGCUGUUGCUGGGAAGAGGCUUCAGAGGGGGUGGGGGCAGAUGGAAGCCUGUGCUGGACCGGCACCAGGCAAGACUGAAGGCUGAGUUGGCCCGGCUCAAGGUACAACGAGGUGUGAGCCGGAACGAGGACCUGUUGGAGGAGGGAUCCAAGCCUGGCCCGGCCUCCCAGGUGCCUCGAUUUGUGCGGGUGAACACCCUCAAGACCUGCUCUGAUGAUGUAAUUGAUUAUUUCAAGAGACAAGGUUUUUCCUACCAAGGUCGGGCUUCCAGCCUCGAGGACCUGAGGGUACUCAAAGGGAAGUGUUUUCUUCUGGAUCCCUUGUUGUCUGAGCUGCUGGUGUUUCCUGCCCAGACAGAUUUGCAUGAACAUCCAUUAUACCAAGCUGGCCACCUCAUCCUACAAGAUAAGGCCAGCUGUCUCCCAGCCAUGCUGCUGGCUCCCCCACCGGGUUCUUAUGUCAUUGAUGCCUGUGCUGCCCCCGGCAAUAAGACUAGUCACUUGGCUGCUCUUCUGAAGAACCAAGGGAAAAUCUUUGCCUUUGACCUGGAUGCCAAGAGGCUGUCAUCUAUGGCUACUCUACUGGCCCGGGCUGGAGUCUCUUGCUGUGAGCUGGCUGAGAAGGACUUCCUGGCAAUCUCACCAUCAGACCAGCGGUAUUGCCAGGUCCAGUACAUCUUGCUGGAUCCUUCUUGUAGCGGCUCAGGUAUGUUGACCAGACAGCUGGAGGAACCUGGGGCAGGUCCACCUAGCAAGGAACGCUUGCAGGCUCUGGCAGGAUUCCAGCUGCGAGCUCUCUGCCAUGCGCUUACUUUCCCAUCCCUGCAGCGCCUUGUCUACUCUACAUGUUCCCUUUGCCAAGAGGAGAAUGAAGAUGUGGUGCGAGACGCCCUGCAGCAAUGCCAGGGCACCUUCAGAGUUGCUCCUGUUCUACCCUCCUGGCCCCACCGAGGCCUUAGCACUUUUCAGGGUGCCGAACACUGCCUCCGCGCCUCCCCUGAGACCACACUCACUGGUGGCUUCUUCAUUGCUGUACUCGAACGGGUAGAGGCACCAAGCUCAGUAUUGGCCGAAGCAUCGCCACUUCCAGAACUUAGUCCUAGCCCCACCCCAAAGAGGAGGAAGAGGCGGCGAAAAGCAGCAGCUGCUCCUAGCACACCGCCUUGCACGUAGCAGGACGGGAGCUGGUCGUCUUGUCUCUCCAGCCGGAAAGACAGUGUGGAUUGCUUUGCCUCCCUUCCCUGGGCUGUGUUCUCGCUGGUGAGAGAAGUGCUGACCUCAAGAAUAAAAGACAACAGGUCUACGAUAGAUCACAGUUUCUUUAUUCUUAAUGACAUAGCAGGAGAAAUCUCACAUUCAUACUAAAAAUUCCAACUAGACUCAACAGGAAUUAAGUAUUUGUAUGGAAAGUCCCAGCCUCCCGUUCCUGUCCAGUGCACAUACAGGUACACACACACACUCACACUCAGGCCAUGCCAGGACACCCUCUUCAAGGGGGUUCCUGGACCAAGUGUCCUGCCUGUGGAACUGAGGUAAACUAGCUCAGUGUACUAAAACUAAGAGGAUCUACCUUACAUAAGGUAUAGGUAGAAGCUUGAUUUCUAGACCCGUGCCCUACCCCCCCACCCCUCCAAUCCUACCAGGUAUUUGGGACUUGAGGUGCAGGCCCCUCCUCAGCUCCACACACAGUUUGGUAGUAACAGAGCUCUUCUUGGGGACGGGGAGGAGCAGUCCCCGGUCACAACACAUUCAACCUCAGUCACAAAGGGGGAGGGGACUAGUUACAUCUACAUCACAUUAUUUAUAAAAUAAGAAUUACAUUUUAUAUAAUGUGUCCAGAAGGAGCUCUAGUCCCUCAGGAAAGCUGCCUGGGACAGCAUUUGAGCCUCCUCUUCACACAGGCAUAACUUAACUCUACAGCUAAUUCCUAGUCAAUAGCAUUUAUACUUAACCACCUCAAUGAACCAAGCUUGAAGGAAUUUAAAAGGCAAUUUAGCUUAAA